CAGACAGACACAACUCAAUUUCCUCUUGCAGCUUCCAUAGACAACGGCAACACCAGAGUGUUUUAAACAGCCAGUGCAGGCGACAGAGAAAGGGAGUUGCCUACUUGCAGAGGUCAGGCAGGCAGGCAGAAGGGAAGCCUGUGGAUGUUUUUAAGAGUUUGCUUAUCUGACACUGACAACAGGAUGAGCAGCUGAGCCAGGCAGCAGAGAGGGGAGGAGAACAUGGAGAGAGCAGCAUUACGUUCAGCACAUUUACAUAGGAGACAUAGAAGAGACAGACACUGGUUACCUUGAGAGAGGUGAAAAGAGAGAAGAGGUAAUCAGUCCAAAUUGCCAACUCUGUCUAAAGGAGCCGGAGCGAGAGCCGAGGGAUCGUAACACUGGAGCUCAAGGAUAAACCAUGGACUCUGCAUACAUCCCACCACACCUGGAUGUCCACCAUGUUCCCUGCUAACCUCCUGCUCCUCAUGGUACUGCUGCUACCUCAAGCCUCGUCUGGUCGGCAGGGUGGAGACACCAGCAAGAUCGACCAUGGCCAGGUGUCCACUGUGCCUUCCUCCAGGCAGCCCCCUCCAGCUGGUGCCCUCCCCCUGGAGCCCAGUGUGGCUCAGACCAUCCAGAACCUCCUCCUGAGCCGACUGGGCCUGCAGUCGCAGCCCGACCCCCGACCUGGAGUGGCGGUGCCCGGGUACCUCCUGGAUCUCUACCGCUUCCACCAGCAGCAGUACCACCUGGUGGAGGACCCUUCGUUUAGCUUCCCCAGCCAUCACAUCCAGCAGGCCAACACAGUACGCAGCUUUCACCACAACGAGCCACUUGUAGAAAGUCCUGAGGAUCGUCAGAAGGUGCACAUCGCCUUCAAUGUCUCCUCCAUCCCUAACGAUGAGAGGGUGCUGUCCGCUGAGCUUCGGCUCCUCCGCCGUGACAGAGCUUCCCUGGGUCCUGGUGCCCACAGACUAAACCUAUACCUCACUGAGCACCCUGAGGACCCUAAGCCCACCCUGCUAGAAACAAGGGUACUGACCAUUGGCCUCCACAAUCAUAAAGCAAGUGGUUUCUGGGAGGCUUUUAGUCUAAGUGCAGAGCUCCUCCAUAGGGCCCUUGCUGGGACUGGCAGUCUGAGCUUGCUCCUUGAGGUCAGACCUGAGAACAGCACCUCCUCGCUCCCUGAACAGAGCCUCUCCUCUGCUACAGGAGAGGAGGAGAGACACAAACAGGGACACUUGAGGGUGGGCAGGUCCGUGGGUCAGGACGAGCACAGCUGGGCCAAGGAGAGACCCCUCUUGGUGACUUACAGUCAUGACGGGCGUGGAGAGGCCUUAGUCAAACAUAGCAGGAGGACCCCCAGUGGAGGCCAGAGGAGAGGGAGAAAAGGAACAAAAGAGAGGACCAGGAGCAGCAACAAGGGCCGCAAUAGAGACCAAGCUUCGGGAAAGACCAAAAAAACGGCGUAUACAAUGCCCGGUUGGGGAGGAGACAAAGGAGGGGGCAGUUGGAGCGAUAAUGGAAGGGUGAAGAGAAAUGGUGGUCGUGCCGCAAAACUGAAACGUCUUUCCCGCAACAGAUGCCGCCGUCAUCCUCUCUAUGUAGAUUUCAAUGAUGUAGGCUGGCACAAGUGGAUCAUUGCACCCAGCGGAUACGACGCCUUCUUCUGCCUGGGAGAGUGUCGCUUUCCUCUGGCCGACCACAUGAACUCCUCCAGCCACGCCAUGGUGCAAACGUUGGUGAACUCUGUGAAUGGAGCCGUGCCCCGGGCCUGCUGCGUCCCCACCACCCUCAGCCCCAUCGCCCUGCUCUACCUAGACCCUCAAGACCGAGUGGUGUUGAAGAAUUACCAGGACAUGGUGGUGGAGGGCUGCGGCUGCCGGUAGUGGGCUAGAGAAUUCACCCAGAGAAAGCAUGAGGUGGAUGGUGAAACAUCGAGGGAAUAUGAGGAAGACAGAAACAUGAAAAUAACUGCAAACAGACAGUGGUAGAGACAACGGUAACAAUGUCAAAUGUAAGGGUGAAGAGGAGGGAGAUGGAUAAAGCAACUAAAUAUUUAUCAUCAGGAGGAGAAAAAAAAGGGCAAGCCUUUGAAAGAAAAAUAAAAUAAGAGGGUCAGACAUAUAAAAAAAGAAGGGAAAAAGAGUGAGAGAAAAAGACAAGAAGAUGGUUGAACAACAAGGUAGAAAUUGUGGUCAACAAGGAUAAACUGCCAGGAAUUACUUUUCACUUUUUCCCAUUUCGCGAUGCAGCUAUUCACACCAUCAUCAAGAGCUGGCGUUUUAAAAUCAGAUGAUGUCUAUUCUAUACCUCAGUGUUUGCCACUCAUCUCACUCUCAUGUGUUUAGCAGCCAAAACGGUGAACAUUCAAAGCAGGCAGUCAUAGACACACAGUGUGAGCUCUGGAGCAGAAUCCUGUAACUUCCUCAUGGACGAUCAAGAUUAGCAAUACGACGAUGGCACUAGCAUGACAUCUAAACUUUGUGUGACAGUGUUGUUCCUGCAGUAUUUAAACCAAGAUGUAGGGUGCUUCUGUUUUUAUGAACAUUGAUAAAAAAUAAAAGACGGUCCCUUUAGAAGCACCCUUUCAUCACAAGCUAUUUAAAACCACAACAAUAAUGCUAUUGUUUGAAUGUAAUACUAUCACUAUUAUUUAAAAAUACUUUUUUGUACAUUUCCUUUGCAGACAUCAAGAAAAUCCAAGUGAUGGUUGUCUUGUGACUAUAUAUAAUUUUACUGAAUGGCCAUUCUAACUUAAAAGACACGUUAUGUAUUUAAAUAUCAGCAAUAUGUUGUAUUUCAUCUUGAAACUAUUUAAGAUACCUGCACUCAACAGAGCAUACAGCAGGCAGAAAGCCUGCCGUCCACAUGAAGUAAGUUAUGGUAGCUUUACAUCCGUACAAAUAAUAAAUGUAUUGAAUCCACCUCCAACCUUAUCAUUGCACACAUGUUGUUGUCCUACACAUGAUAGCAGACAUAGCUAGUGCUGCCUUUAAAAGUUCAACUAACAAGUCAAUUGAAAGCUGUGUUUAUUGUAGCUACUGAAGUGUGUAACAACAGGUGUAUUUGCUAGUUGUGUCUAAAUGUGUCAUGAAGAAAUAGGACUGAUAUUAAAACUGGGACUUUAGUGCCUUUCAAACAGGGGCUUUAAAAGUGUUCUUUGCUGAGCUUAGUAAUUGUUUUUCAGUGUUGCAUUUUUCUCUCUAAAUGGAAACAUUUAAGCAGCAGCUUGUAAAAUGUUUGACAAUAUACCUCUAA